UUCAUUUUCUUCUUUCUCUUCAAUCCAAAAAAAAGGGGGGGGGGUUAAAUUCCUUGGAAAAUGAAGAAUGAAGGAAGGUAUGAGUCUUUGUACGAUGAUUUUGAACCCUGCUGCGAGUGGAAAAAGCAAAACGGAGCUUCCAUUCUCGACGAAGUUGAUAUUCUUGAAAUCCACUUACAGGGAUUCAAGAAGGAAGACGUGAAGAGCGAAAUGAGAAAGGAUGGGAUGUUAUAUAUAAGUGGAGAACAUCCGAUGGGGAAGAAUCAAAUAAAGCGAUUCAACAAAAAGAUUGAUGUUUCCAAGUAUGAAAUCAAAGCAAUUGAAGCGCAGUUCGAAGGUGGGAAACUUCAACUAAGGCUACCCUGUACAUAUCCACCUAUCACCUUCCUCACCAUUGGGAAGUAUCCUAAUUACAAAGCUUUAAUUUUACGUUUAAGCCACAAAUUUGUCAAGGGAACAACCAGCUCUGCAAUGGCUCUUGCUCUACUGUUGCUUCUUGGGGUUUUUAUGUACAAAUAUUUGGAGUGCAUCAGUAUUCAGAAUUGAGUCCAACCCAGGCAAUCUAUUCAAAUUGAACUGAUGCUCAGAUACCAAAAUUUGUUUGUGUUUGACAUCUUUUAUGAAUUAUUUAUUGAUUUUAGCUAAUUAGAUGUGCUUCAAUAAACACUUUUAAUUCUAAUGCUAA